GAUUCUCCUGCAAAACAAUCCUUCUAGUGUUCAUGUAUUCCCAACAGCCUGAUUUGGUCUUACAUCUCUAAAUAUUAGUUGAAAACUUACAUUGAUCGUCUAAUUAUUUAUUAGUAGAUUUCAAAUAUACAUUGCAGUUAAUAUAUUUGAAAAUGUUCUUUUAAGUUAGAAAUAACGAAAGCUUUCGGAAUGGAUUAACUACAUAAAGAAUAAACACGGAAUCUACAAUAUCUGUAGGUUAGAAUCUGAUAAUGUUGGUCAACUUUUCCAGUGUCAUUUGCUUAAAAUAGAAAGACAUAAGUCAAAGGAACAACCAAUCUUGUGAGUUGUCUAAAAGACUUGUGUUGUGUCCAGAAAAACAAACACUGUCAGUUUCCUAUCUCUCUCUCCUCAAUGUUAUUUAUAAAUCUUUUUUAUUUCUUGUUUUUUCAGUUGUAACUUACACCGUAAAUCACCAAAGUUACCGCUUCUCUUCUUUUGUUGCUUAUCCCUCUUUGUCAUCAUUUCUAACAGAGGAAACUGUAAAUAAAAGAGGAUCAGAAAAUAUUUUCACCAAGGCCAACUUUGAGAGAGAACACAAAACAUAUGAUCCUGUACGGAGUAGGAACAGGGAAUGAUGGUGGAUCUACCAAUCACAUAUCAGACGGAGGAGGAAGAGUUGCACUAAAGAAAGGGCCAUGGACGGCGGCAGAAGAUGAGAUACUUGCGGCGUACGUUAGAGAGAACGGUGAAGGAAAUUGGAACGCCCUUCAAAAACAUACAUGCCUUGCUCGUUGCGGUAAAAGCUGCCGUCUCCGUUGGGCCAAUCACCUCCGGCCUAAUCUCAAAAAAGGCUCUUUCACAGGUGACGAAGAACGUCUCAUUAUCCAGCUUCAUGCUCAGCUUGGCAACAAAUGGGCUCGUAUGGCCGCUCAGUUACCUGGACGAACAGAUAAUGAGAUCAAAAACUAUUGGAACACGAGAUUGAAACGCCUUCAACGCCAAGGACUUCCUCUUUACCCUCCAGAUGUCAUCCCUAAUCAUCAGCUCCAUCCACAUCCACAACAUCAACAUCAACAGCAAAAUCAACAUCAACAAAUGUAUUUCCAUCCACACUCAUCACAGCCCAACACACCAUCAUCUUCUCCUCUUCCAUCUCCAACACAACUAAACGCUAAUCCCUCAUCAUCUUUCACUUUUCAUACCACAAACGCAUCAACCGCUAAUCUCCUCCAUCCUCUAAGCCCUCACACUCCAACCACACCGCAAACGCCUUCUCAGCUCUCUUCCAGGCCACCUCCACAGCCACUUUCAUCUCCUUUAUCUUCCCCUCUCAACAACCAAUACCCGACUCUUCCUCUUUUCAACAACAAUAACAAUAAUACUAACUUUACUUUCCCUAGACCUCCACCUCUCCUCCAACCGCCUUCAUCGCUCCUUGCCAGACGCUACAACAAUUCUAACACUCCUCUCAAUUACACCAACCGUGUUUCAACCGCACCAUUUUCUCCUGUUUCAAGAGACUCUUACACUUCCUUUCUGACAUUACCUUAUUCUUCCUCUGCUGCUCCAAACACUCAACCCAUUACUUACCACACUAACAAUAAUUAUUCAUCGUUCUCAUUAAACCCUUCAUCUUCGUCAUAUCCUACAACAACUUCUUCCCCAAGCUUUCUUCACUCCCACUACACUCCUAAUUCUUCUUCCACCUCCUUUCAUACCAACCCGGGUUACUCCAUGAAGCAAGACCUCCCUUCAAACCAAAUCCCUCAGAUAUGUGCUUUUAAUAAUGUCAACAACUUCAUAGACAAUGAGAAAGGUCUUCACAGACGAAGUAUAAGCUGCAGCCUCUUAGAGGAUGUCAUGGAAGAGGCUGAGGCUCUAGACGGUGGAGGCGGGGGCCGACCUCCUAAAAGGAGACAACUAACAUAUUCUCCUCUAAACAAUCACCACAACAACAAUGACAAUGACUUCUUCUCAGUCACUUUUGGACAAUAUGAUUCCUCUGAAAAUAUAUGUUCCUUACAAGGUAAACUAAAACUGCAAAACUCUAGAAAUCUAAAUUUUAUUUUUCUCUGGAUACAGUUUUAAAUGUUUUUUUUUAUUGAAACACAGAUUUGAAACCAAAGGAAGGGGAGACUCUUGAAAUGAACACGAUGCAAGAGGACAUAGCUAAGCUUCUUGACUGGGGAAGUGAUAGUGGAGAGAUCUCUAAUGGACAGUCAUCUGCUGUCACUGAUGAGAAUCUAGUUCUUGAUGUUCAUCAGUUCGCUUCACUAUUUCCAGCGGAUUCCACACCUGCAGCAAACGACAACAAUGAUAAUAAUAACUUCUCAUGGGACGACUUGGAUUGAGUCAGCUGGAAAAAAGAUUAAAAAGAAUAUACGGACCAAGAUCAAGAAAAAGAUUGAUUUUAUUUUUAUC